CCAUCACACAACAUCAGGCAUCAAAAGUGUGAUUUCUUGAUCUGCGUUACUGUGCGGCACCGUCGCGGGCGCCGCGGCUAUGGAAUCUGAAUGGCUUCGAGACGGCCUCCGAUUCGCACUCGAAGCAUCAAUAUUUACAACCCCGGUCGAUGAUGGACCUGGUCCGCCACAGCAACGAGAUCCUCGAUUCCGGAAGUUGGUGGAAGGAGUCUUAUAUUCUAGACGAUUGAUCCUGACGUAUCAUAUCGUUAUUCUUGGGGUUAUAACUAUUGUUUCCGCAGUACAUUGGACUCGGAAAGCAGCUCAAAGAAGGAGAGCACGAGUCCCGCGGCUACAACCUCUGGAUGCCGACGGCGCAUACGAUGGCGACGCGGCCAAGACAACUUCCCCAAGUGUUACGGCAGUCAAUCGGGAUAUUGAGGAAGCUUCCUCCUCUGGGAGCAGUACACUAGAAGGUGUAAUGAGCCCUCAGGUAAAGGAUGCGGACGAAGACACUCCUCUUCUACAACAUGACACCACACUCCAAACGUCGCAUCAUCGCAGGUCGAUUAUUCGAUACUUCAAGGCAUUCUUGAUGUACCAACCGCCACCGAUCCCUCUCUUUAACAAGACAUUACCGUCCAACGGAACGUCGAUUGUCCUCUUGGCUUUCAUUGCCCUCAACAUAUUUUACACUCUUUUCCACCUAAAUCUCACGAUACCUGAGUUAUUCGUAUUGGCCGAUCGAUGCGCUCUCGUCUUUGUGGCCAAUCUCCCACUUUUAUAUAUUAUAGGUGCAAAAAACCAGCCGCUAAAGUUUUUAACAGGCUACUCCUACGAAUUUUUGAACAUAUUCCACCGUCGGCUGGGCGAACUCCUAUUCAUGGAAGCUUCUCUUCAUGGAUUAGGCAUGUUCGGUGUCUGGUACACGCUACUUGGCCCUGAUGGAAUCACAGUGGGAGAAUUUCUUACAAAUAGAGUUGUAAUGCUUGGUCUUACAGCACUCACUGCGUACCAGAUAUUAUACACAACGUCCCUGUCCAGCUUCCGUCAAAAGUGGUACGAGAUAUUCUUGGGCUUGCAUGUAGCUCUACAGGCUGCUGGCUUGACUCUUGUGUUUUUUCACCACCGAGGAAGCAGGGUCUACGUUGGUAUUGCUAUGGCUAUCUUUCUCAUCGAUCGAUUAGUAUACCGUAUCGGUGUCAAGAGCACCACGGUUGAAGCAGUCGCCAGUGUCAUGGAAGAUGAUGAAACUGUCAAGCUGUCCACUGAGAUUCUCAAGUUGCCCAGCAGCAAAUUCUCUCAGCUGGUCGGAAGAUCCAUCAGAUAUGGUUGGCAGGCCAGUGAUCACGUCUUCCUAAGCGUGCCUUCUCUGGCCCGCAAACACAUUAUCCAAGCUCAUCCGUUCACAAUUGCCUCAGCUGCACCUACAUUAUCAACUGACCAAGCACAACUGGACCUCCUCAUCAGAGCCCGAGACGGUUUUUCAUUGGACCUCAUUGAGCAGGCCCGCAACCAGGAGAGGCUCACAGUACGACUCGAUGGCCCGUACGGCAGUUCUCACUCACGAACCAUGUUGGAAGACUCCGAGCUCGCAAUUCUCGUAGCCGGCGGCAGCGGCAUUACCGUAGCAUGGCCUUUCAUACACCAUCUCCUAGACAUCACCCGGUCCAACGAUACGGAAAUUGCGCCAAUCUCCGCACUACGUAGUCAGAAGAUCGUCUUGAUUUGGGUAGUCCAUAAGAGCUCCCAUAUUUUAUGGGUGGGCCGGGAUGCACUGUCAGACGCGGAAAACAACGGCGUAGAGGUUAUCACCCCCGAGGCGACGGAGGAGGUCGGACGGCCGGACCUGGAUAGUAUGAUCGAUGAUUUAGUGAAAGACUACGGAAAAGGAAAGAAGAUCGGGGUUGUGGCAUGUGGACCAGAUAGCAUGUCACGCUCCGUCAGGAAUGCCUGUUCGAAAUUGGUGUGGCGUGGAAGAGAUGUCAAUGUAGCCAUUGAGAAGUUUGGAUGGUAGAACUGGGAGAUGGGAAUAUGGUGACAUACGGUCGGCGUUUAAUAUAGAGACUUAAAUUGAUUAAAAUAUUGUAUUUUUGAGUAGAUAUAAUGGUCAUGCGGAUCCUUGACCAUUUACUUUUGGGGGAAGCGGGCUUCUCUUGGUUCGGUUGAAAGGGGGGGUUAGCGAGACCAAAUGCGGAAGACACAAAGUGGUUCGAAGAUCGAUUGGAAUUAUUUACAUAGUGAGUUCGAACUGUUUCCCACUGUGGAUUGAUAUAUAUACUGUAUUCUUGAGGGUUUGA